AUGGGGGAUCCCAACCAGAGCAGCCUCUACCCAGCCUCGUUUACCCUGCUGGGCAUUCCAGGCCUGGAGGAGGCCCACACCUGGAUCGCCUUCCUCAUCUGUCUCAUGUACGUUACGGCCCUUGCAGGUAACAGCAUCAUGCUCCUGGUCAUCGGGAGGGAGCCCGGCCUCCACUCCCCCAUGUUCUUCUUCAUCUGCUUCCUGUCAACCACCGACAUCUUCCUGUCUUCGGCGACCAUCCCCAAGAUGCUUGCUAUCAUGUGGCUCCAGGCUAGAGAGAUCAGUUUUGACUCCUGCAUAGCCCAGAUGGUUUUCAUCCACUUGUUUACAGGGGUAGAGUCCGGGAUCCUGGUGGCCAUGGCAUUUGACCGCUACAUGGCCAUCUGCCGCCCCCUGAGAUACAGAGUGAUCUUGACCGACAGGCUUGUGGUCAAGCUGGGACUGACAGCCCUCUUGAGGCCUCUGCUGAUCGUCCUUCCUUUCAUCUUGCUCAUCAAGCGUCUCCACUUCUGCAAAGCCACCAUUCUCCCUCACUCCUACUGUGAGCACAUGGGCAUCGCCAAGCUGGCAUGCUCGGAUAUCAGAGUAAAUGUUGUGUAUGGGCUAACUGGAGCCCUGCUGGUCUUUUCUGUGGACUUAGUCUUGAUUGGGCUAUCCUAUUCCUUGAUCCUCCGGGCAGUUUUGAGACUUCCCACCAAAGAGGCCAGGGUCAAAGCCUUCAGCACCUGUGGCUCCCAUGUCAGCGUCAUGAUGGUGUUCUACACUCCAGCCCUGUUCUCCUUCCUGACCCACCGCUUCGGCCACCACGUCCCCCGCUUUGUCCACAUCCUGCUGGCAAAUUUCUACGUUGUCCUGCCGCCCAUGCUCAACCCCAUCAUCUAUGGUGUGAAGACCAAGCAAAUUCGCGAGAGCAUCCUGAGAACUUUCCAGAAGAAGAGAAGCAACUAA